AUGUUGCCGGCGUCACGACGCUGCUACCAGCGUCGCAGCUAUGUCACGAAGCUCCUGACACAGCAGCGUUGCGACACUGGCAGCAGCGUCGCGAUCGAGCUGUUGCUGGUGGAUGUGGCUCGGCGAUGGAAAGAAAUAGGAGGCAGUGAAGUGGGUUGUUCAAGUUCAAAUCUCUGGUUGGCUCAAGAUCCUAGCAAGAGAUGGGGUGAAUUGUUUUUCCUUAUCUACACUCCCUUUUGGCUCGCUCUCUGCCUUGGCAUUAUCGUUCCUUACAAGCUUUACGAGAGUUUCACAGAAUGGGAGUAUCUGUUUCUGGGACUUGUUUCGGCACUCCCUGCUUUUAUUGUACCAAUGCUUCUGGUUGGAAAGGCUGAUAGCAGCAUUUGUUGGAAGGAUCGUUAUUGGGUAAAGGCUAAUCUUUGGAUCAUUGUUUUUAGUUAUGUUGGAAAUUACUUCUGGACCCACUAUUUUUUCACCGUCUUGGGUGCUUCUUACACCUUUCCCUCAUGGAAGAUGAAUAAUGUACCACAUACAACUUUCCUUCUCACACAUGUGUGCUUCUUGUUUUACCACGUUUCAUCAAAUAUGACACUUCGUAGGCUUCAACAUUCUAUUGAUCACUUGCCAGGGAAGACACAAUGGCUUUUUAAGGCCUCCUGGAUUCUAGCUUUUUCAUACUUUAUAGCAUAUCUUGAGACCUUAGCUAUUUCCAACUUUCCCUAUUACGAGUUUGUAGACCGGGAUUCCAUGUAUAAAGUUGGCUCCUUGUUUUAUGCAAUUUAUUUUAUGGUCAGCUUCCCUAUGUUUUUAAGGAUUGAUGAGAAACCAGACAAACCAGACAAGCAAUGGAACUUGCCCCGAGUGGCCAUAGAUGCUUUAGGUGCUGCAAUGCUUGUCACUAUUAUACUCGACUGGUGGCGCAUUUUUCUUGGCCCUAUUGUUCCUAUUCCAGGUUCCAAGCAAUGCCUUCAACCUGGAUUGCCAUGGUUUCCCAGAAAUGCCUAG